AUGUAUCAGCCAGCUGGCAGCAAAGCUUCGUCUAUAGAGCCUAAUUGGAAGGUAUUGAUCUAUGAUGGCUAUGGCCAAGAUAUUAUUUCCCCAUUGCUGACUGUUGGAGAUUUACGUGAUUUGGGAGUAACGGUUCAUUUGCCAUUAAUGUCAGAUAGGGAACCUAUACCGGAUGUACCUGCUAUCUAUUUAGUGGUUCCAUCAUCUGAAAAUGUUGACAGAAUCAUUCAAGAUUGCAGAAAUCAGUUGUAUGAUUCAUACUAUUUAAGUUUCAUCUCUCCCAUCUCGCGUAAUCGAUUAGAGGAUCUGGCGAUGGGAACGAUCCAUGCAAAUUCAGUUUCUCAGAUUUCUAAGGUUUAUGACCAAUACCUCAACUUUAUAUGUCUUGAAGAUGACCUAUUCAUUCCGCGAUAUCAUGAUGUCGAGAUGUUAUCAUAUCAUGCACUGAAUAGUACUGAUGCCAAAGAUACGGACAUUGAAGUUAUACGAGAUAUUUUGGUAGACUCUUUGUUUUCUGCGUUGGCAACUUUAGGCACUGUCCCCAUCAUUAGAUGUCCGCGUGGAAACGCUGCAGAAAUGGUAGCUGAGGCAUUGGAUAAGAAACUAAGGGAGAAUCUAAGAAAUAGUCGCACAUGCCUUUUUUCAGGAGACAGUGUGGUUGGUGGACAGUUUAAUUUUCAGAGACCUCUUCUCAUCAUACUUGAUCGUAAUACCGACUUUACAACCAUUUUACAUCAUACCUGGACUUAUCAAGCCCUUGUUCACGACUUACUGAAUAUGGAAUUGAAUAGAGUUAAUAUUCAGGAAAGUUCUUCUAGUGAAGAAAUUGGAGCUAGCAGUGCAAAAGCCCAAAAGCCAAAGUGCUAUGACUUAAACUCGGAUAGUGAUUCCUUUUGGAGUUUCCAUAAAGGAAGCCCAUUUCCAAGCGUUGCUGAAGCGAUUCAAGUUACAUUGGAUGAGUACAGAAAUUCUGAAGAUGACAUUAAGAAAUUAAAAAGUACCAUGGGCUUAGAAGAUGAAUCUUUAGCGGUUGUUAGUGCGGCUGUAGAAAAUUCGUUAUCGAAUGAUCAUACUUCAAAGUUAUCAUCUGCUGUUAGCUCGUUACCAGAAUUACUGGAAAAAAAGAAAUCCAUUGAUAUGCAUACAAAUAUUGCAACCGCUUUGCUAGAACAUAUUAAAAAUCGUAAAUUGGAUUCUUAUUUUGAACUUGAAGAAAAACUUAUGAGUAAAUCAUCGAUCGGGGCUGAUUUAGAGAAGUAUACUACUACUCUAAGGAAUGCUGGAGUUAACCUAACCUCUUUUGAUUAUGUAAAGAAGAUGAAGUCCUUUGCUAAAAUGACUCUUAAACCAAGCAUUGCCAGCGAUAGCAAAUCUAGCGUGGGGCAAGUCUUUUCGCGGAUCAUGAAAACUGGAUCUAAAUUUGUAAUGGAAGGCGUCAAAAAUUUAGCGUUUAAAACUAAGGAUUUGCCUGUGACACGUAUUGUCGAUGCACUGAUGGAAUCAAGAUCAAUUGCUGAAAUUGAAGAUUAUCGUUACUUUGAUCCAAAGUUGCUGAGAGCAUCAGACGGAUCGGCUGCUCAUACAAAAAAUCCUUUUCAAGAGGCUAUUGUGUUUAUGGUUGGAGGAGGAAAUUACGUUGAAUAUCAGAAUUUAAUCGAUUAUGCCAAGCGCCAGACAGUACAAAAGCAUAUCACUUACGGAUGCAGUGAGUUAAUGACCGCAUCUCAUUUCUUGCAACAGUUGGAAAGGCUUGGUUAG